AUGGACCUGAAAGGCAUAACAUGGGUUGGUGAUAUUUAUCAGAAGUUUGAAUCUAGGUUGUUGGAAGUGGAAGAAAUCAUGUGCGAGGAAGCAGUUAAAUAUGUUGAAAAUCAGAUGCAGACUGUUAGUGAUAAUGUGAGGAAAUUCUAUUCAGAUGUCGUGCAAGAUUUGUGCUCUCCAGAGUUGGAGGAUCCUGCAAAUGGGGCAGUCUCUAAGUUGCCUGUAGAUUUGGGAGCUGAUGUUGGGAUCUAUAUGAAGCCAGAAGAUGGUAUAAAAGAAACAUGUGAAAAGGCUGAUGAUAUGGAGCAGUUGACUGAGGAUCCAAAGAUGACUAUGGAUCCAAAGACGACUACUGAUUGUGGUUCUGACCGUCUUCCACUGCGUAAAAGGAUUUCUGUUAGAAGAAUUUCAAGGCAACAUAAUAAAGGAAGUCUGCCCAAUAAAAGCUCUAACUGUAAGAAUGUGUCUCCAAAAGAGACAUCAGGGAUCACCACUCCUUCAAGUAAAUAUUUGAUUGGAUAUUCAUCAAUUUCUGAACUUUCUGAUCAAAACCUAGAAGCAUCUUGUGAUCAGAAUACAAGACUUAUAACUCCAGGGUCUGUUGAAGUUACAGAGCACUUCUCCAUAGAAGAAAGUAAAAACGAGAUUGAAACUGCAAGGGAACACAUGCCUGAUUUUUCGUUGUAUAAACCAUCAUUGGAUAUGGGUAAUAUCACUGACACUGCCAGUCAUGAGGGAACAGACAGUAGACCUUCCAGCGGCAACCUAUUAGAAGAAUCAGGUGUUUGUAUAAAGAAUGGUUUGGUUUCUAUGAAAGAAUCUUUUGCAAAUGGAAAUAUGCUGACUAGCAAAUUUGCUUAUGAGGAGGAUUUCAUGCCCAAUUCAGAUAAAUGGGUCAUAGAUUCAGACGAAGAUGGUACCCUCGUUGAAGAGGAUAUGGAAAUAAUCCAACAACUGGACAAGCCUAGGCUCGAGGAAACCUGUGUCUUGGUGAAUGGAGAUGAAUUUCAGCAUGCUCCUCAUAAUGAAGGCAAAAACAGGCCUUACAAAAAGAAGAUUCGGGAUGUUUUUUGUUCAAGCAAGAGGUUAGUGAGGAAGGAAUAUGAGCAGCUUGCUGCACAGUGCAGCAGUGAUUCAAAGUCCAAUCAAGAAGAGAGUAUAACAAGUUUAAUGCCAACUCUGUCCAUAAAGAAAGCAAACAGAUCCUCAUCUCAUCAUCCCUCUGAAUCAGAGUGGGAGCUUGUCUAG